AUGCUAAUCACAAAACCACAGGACGGUACUGAAGACGCACCUGCGUCGGCCGAGAGUGAAGAAGAAAGAUCAGAAAGUAUUGCAAGGAGGCAGGAUCAUAGUGAAAGUGUUUUGGUUGGAAGCUUAGGUCCGGAAGCGUUAUAUAAACUGGGGAAAUUCCACUUUAACGAAUAUGGUCACCUUGGAAGAAUAGAUGAUAUUGACAAGGCUAUCAAGUAUCAUAUUCAGGCAGUAGAUCUGACAACGCAUGGCGAUCCGGAGUUGGCUGACCAACUGACCGUGCUUGGGGCUUGCUACAACCAGCAAUAUUGGGGGCUUGGAAAAGUGGAAGACAUGGAGAAGUUGUUGGAAUGUGCUGUUUGGGCGGCUGAACUGACGGCUGAGGGUGAUCCAGAGCUAGCGCAGAGGCUGGAGAACCUGGGGAUAUCUCACACUGUACGGUACCAACAGCUGGGUGAGACUGCCGACCUGGAUAAGUUGCUUGAGCACCACUCUUGGGCACUCACACUCACUCCCAACGGCCAUCCUGACUUGCCACGCCAGCAUGGUGAUCUAGGCUUGCUUGAGCACAAGUCUUGGGCACUUGCACUCACUCCCGACGGCCAUCCUGACUUACCUGACUGGCAUGCCUCUCUAGGCGUGUCAUACACCGAUCAAUACCGGCGGCUGGGUGAGGCUGCUGACCUUGACAGGUUGCUUGAGCACAGGUCCCAGGCACUUGCGCUCACUCCCAAUGGCCAUCCUGACUUUGUUGAAAUAUCUUGUAAAUACUAG